AUGACUGAGACAGCACCCGCCGAAACGGCUCCUCCAGCCGCACCCGCCGCCGCAAAGAAGACUCCCAAGAAGAAGGCGGCUGCCCGGAGCAAACCAACCGGUCCCUCGCUGGGCGAACAGAUCGAUAAGAUCGUGGCGGGUUGUCACGAUAGGAAGGGUAUGUCCGGUGCGGCCAUCAUGAAGGCUCUGGCCGACAGCGGUGUCGAUGUGGCGAAACGUCGCCACCAGGUCAAAAUGAGCAUCAAGAGGAAAGUGGAAAGCGGCUCCUUGGUUCAGGCCAAGGGCUCGGGUAUUUCGGGAUCCUUUAAAUCCGGUAAAGGGAAAACUGCCGUGAAGGUGGUGAAGAAAGCGAACAAGCCAGCGGCAAAGAAAUCUCCCAGCAAGAAGCUUGGCGCCAAGAAACCAGCGGCUAAAAAAGCGGCAGCAAAGAAACCAGCGACUAAAAAAGCGGCAGCAAAGAAACCAGCGGCUAAGAAAGCGGCAGCAAAGAAAACAGCGGCUAAGAAAGCGGCAGCAAAGAAACCAGCGGCUAAGAAAGCGGCGCCGAAGCCCAAGAGCCCCAAGAAAGCCGCAACCCCGAAGACGAAGGCGGCCAAGAAGCUGAAGUCGAAAUCCGCGAAACCCAAGAAGACAGCAGUCAAAAAGUGAAUUGAGAAUCCACCAUUUGAGUGUAUCUGAACCCAACGGCUCUUUUCAGAGCCACCCACAUCUCAGAAAAGAGCUGAUUCGGAGUGUUGUGAUUCCCGCGCCGGGUCCGAUUGAGAACUUCUCAAUGGAACCCGAGAUUGCCGGUACCUCUGACAUUUGGUGCGCUGCAGACUCGAUGGGCCGAAUGGUCUACUUCUGCACCUAUUGUCUAUUGUCUGAAAUGAGACGUGGAUACUCGAGCAGAGAUUGAGAGAUAUGGGAUGUGGGCAAUUUCAGGCCCAAUUCCUUCUCCGAUGCCGGGAGAGAGUGACUGAGACAUUGACGCCAGCGGAGAUUCAGCUGAGUUGAUUGGGAACUGCUGAAACCUACGCGAGAGGGGAGGGGGCGUGUUGAGAGAGGGAUCCGUCUCUGGGACGGACUGCAGCGGGAGGAUAUAUGACUACCCGGUGGCAUUGCCGACUGACCUUCAUGCAGGCCCCAGCUACAAAACAACAUUGUUAAUUUAAACAAAACACCAAUAUCAAAAAUGUAGAAGAGAGUGAAAUCUAAUUUAAAAAAUCACUAUUUCCUGGUAGUCACCGCACCCGAAAUCCCCCACUUUAACCCCUCGCGUCGGCAUGCUCCACUCCAAGCACUGCGGGCACGAACGUAUCCCCAUGUCCAAAGCAAACAAAACGAUAACAGCCGCACCAGCUGUACAUGACAGGUUUGUGGGAGAAGUGAAGGGCCAGAUGAGACCCUGACAGGGAGGGAAGCGCGUUAAUCUCUGGAUGCAUUCAAGAGUGUUAGAGAUUGCUCUUAUAGACAGCGGAGUCAAGGGAUAUGGGGAGAGGGCGGGAACUGGGUACUGAUUGUAUAUGCUCAACCAUGAUCUCA